AUUCCCAUUUAUCAGUCCCUCAGGCUGUCAGGUUUCAGUUUAUAGUCGUUGUUUCAUCAAAAAAUGGCUUUAUAUAUGACUGGUGUCGUUGCAGUUUUGUUCCUUGUCAAUGCAGCGAACGGUUUGACAUGCUACGACUGCAAUUCCGAAGACAACAUCUUCUGCAAAUGGGGCUUAGCCUCGUUUACUUACAACACCCAAGAGUGCAGAAGUGGAGGUGUCUUUGACAAAUUGUUGGGGCCUAAAUGCUACAUAAUCAUCGGUCAUAACAAAGAAGGCAAGGAGUUCAUAGCCAGGGGCUGCCUCCCGCCGGCCGCCGUCGGCUGCUCGGCCAUCUCCAAAGCCGUGGGAUGGCUCUCCUCCCAUUUGAUCGACGAUCCCGACAGCCUGCAAAACCUGAGCUGCAAUACUUGCAAGACCGACAAGUGCAACUCGGCAACCAGCCUUGCAGGAUUCACCUUCGUCGGACUGCUGCUCUCCGCUGUGGCGAUUGCGCUCUAAGUUAAAAAAGCUUGGAGUGUCCUUAUUAGGGUAGUUUUAGAUGUAAAGAGUGAGUUGAAUGUUAUUGAUGGGUGUUCGAAGAGCGCUACUCAUUGGGUUGUGUGAAAUUGGUAUACAAACGGGCGCGAUUUUUUACUAAGCAAACCCCACUGAUUUUGUAAUGUUCUAUACCUAUCCUAGAAAGGGGAAACCUUUUUUUUAAACACCCUGUAUAUGUACAAUAGUAGGUAUUAAACAAAAUAAUAAGAACAAAUUUUCUACCGCUAAUUUAAAUAUCGAUUGUGUUCCUCUCGUCAUCUUCAACCAGUCACACACUGUAUCUUGUGUUUGAUUAGAAACAAUUAAUAAAAAUCAAUUAAAG